AUGAAGAGGCGCUCCUCCGGGUCGGCCGACGACGGUGACGAAUCCUCCCUCGACUCCGAUGUUCCCGACCCCGAUCCUAAUUCAAAAACGCGCAUAUCACCCGCGCGAGCUCGAAGACCGAGUAGUCUUAAUUGGAAGCCCUCCAACGAUCGCAAUGGCAGAAACGGCCAGCCUCGCGAAGAGCCUCGCCAAACCACCGCCCUAAAGCCCACCUCUCUUGCAGCACCAUCAACCCCCGACAUGGCUCUCGCUAGGACACCGACACAGUCUCCGUCGCCGAAUCGACGCAUACCCCGUCCACGGUUCUCCAUCGUUGUUUUGCUCAUUUCUGCAUUGGGUAUCGUCAUUCUUAUCAGUAUCCUAAGGUCUCUUGUGACCAGUCAACUCGAUCCAAAGGGUUGCCGGAUGUCGUACAUGCGCCCAUCAUAUGUGCGCUUCACCGAGUUUGAUACGGAGCAUACACGCUUUGCAACCAAGUAUUCCUUGUAUCUAUAUCGAGAACAAGGCAUAGAGCCACCGGACAAGCUUCUGGGCAUCCCUGUCUUGUUCAUCCCCGGAAACGCAGGCAGCUACAAGCAGGUCCGUCCAAUCGCUGCCGAAGCUGCAAAUUACUUUCACAAUAGCCUUCAGCACGAUCAUGGGACUCUUGAUGCCGGCGUCCGGAGUUUAGAUUUCUUUACCGUGGAUUUCAACGAGGAUAUCACAGCAUUUCAUGGCCAGACGCUUCUCGACCAAGCCGAAUACCUUAAUGAAGCUGUUCGCUACAUACUGUCGCUUUACUCUGACCCCCAACGCGCAACUCGAGGGGGCCACCUCCCUGAUCCGACAUCAGUUAUCGUUUUGGGACACUCUAUGGGCGGAGUGGUCGCAAGAGCUAUGCUUGUUCAGCCUAAUUACCAAACGAAUUCGAUCAACACCAUUAUCACAAUGUCGGCACCGCAUGCUCGGCCCCCUGUCACUUUUGACGGGCAAAUAGUUCAAAUUUACGAUGAGAUCAACGAUUAUUGGCGUCAGGCUUAUUCGCAAAAAUGGGCAAACAACAACCCUUUGUGGCAUGUUACUCUGGUUUCAAUCGCCGGCGGUGGGUUAGACACGGUGGUUCCAUCAGAUUAUGCAAGUCUCGAGUCUCUGGUCCCUCCAACACAUGGUUUCACUGUCUUCACAACCGGUAUACCGACUGUCUGGACAAGUAUGGACCACCAGGCUAUUCUUUGGUGCGACCAGUUUCGGAAAGUCAUCACCAAGACUCUCUAUGAUAUCGUCGAUGUUCAUCGAGGAUCGCAAACUAAGCCGCGAGCUGAUCGAAUGAAGACUUUCAAAAAGCGAUUUCUGACAGGAAUGGAGCCAACUAUGGAAAAGGACUUGCCACUGAAAGAAGCCACCACUCUUCUGACAUUGAGCGACGACUCAAACUCGAUUCUUCCAGCAGGACAGCGGCUCGUCCUUAGUCAAAUUGGCCAGCAGCCGAAGCCUCGAGCUCAUCUGCUUCCCAUCCCACCGCAGGGAUCUCCCGAGGUCCGACGAUUCACUGUUCUUACGGAUGCUGCUUUAGACGAAGCUGGUGAAAAUGGCAAGUUGGAAGUCUUGUUCUGCAGCGUAUUCCCCUUCCAGUCUGGGCAAGCCACAUCGCUAUAUCCAUUCCAAAUUGAUCUCUCAACCGACGAUGGUGGUUCGACCAGGCUUGCUUGUAAGAACGCUGCUUCAGACCGGAUUCUGCUGCCUGCGUCCACAGCCUCGUCUAGAUAUCCUUUCUACCUCGACCGAGAGCGAGAAAUUGUCCCUUUCUCAUACCUUCAAUAUGAUCUCGACCAGCUGCCCGAUCACCAAUUUGUGGCUAUUAUAGAGAAGUCUGUUUCAAGCACGCGCAGUUUCUUGAUUGCCGAGUUCAGCGAUCAGUCUGCGUUUUCGAAGAAAGAAGACACUAGUCUAGCGAAACUACUUUUAUCUGGAAUCACCGUGGACCUGCCUGCAAACCGGCCUCUGACUACAGAGGUCAACAUCGCCUCGUUGCAGUCGGCUCUUCUUGCCUACAAGCUGGAAAUCACAAGUCCCCAUUGCCAAGCUGAAAAGGCCCUCUUCAGCCCUUUGGUCCGACAAUAUCUUGAUCGGCCAUACGAGUCCAAGUAUUUUGUCAAUGCUCAGUCUGUCGAUGUCAGUUUGCAUGGCGUGGCUCCCUAUCUCCCUCCGUCGCUGGAAUCUGGGGCUGAAAAGGGGGUUUCCUUUCAAGUUUGGACAGAUCCUUCAUGCGGCUCAAAUAUUCACCUUCAAAUCAAGCCUGAUUUCUGGGGCAGCCUCGGCAAGCUCUACAUGAGGUACCGGACCGUCUUUGCCGCUUUCCCUAUGUUAACUGUUGCUCUCGUUUUGCGCAAGCAGUUCCGUGUUUACGACAGCUCAGGAGUUUUCAUCUCAUUCUCACAGAGUCUGGAUUUGUGUCUCCGUCAGUCGAUACCGCUACUGCUCGUAUCACUGACGCUCUUGUCGAUGUCAAUGGAAGGGGUUCCAGCUACCUGGUUCGGCAGAUGGUGGUUCCAAGCGCCUGCUGCGCCCUUAUCCAUUGACUUUCAUCGCCACGACAUUCUUAUUGGGACGGACGAUCCCUUCUUCUGGUUUCUUGUUCCCCUGAUUGGUGUCGUUUGCAUUGGUGUUUGUGCCAUGGUUCACUACGUGACCAAAGUCUUCACGCACGUCCUUGGCGUCCUUUAUUGGGCUCUAACCCUACUCUCCCUCUCAAGCGGAGUUGAAGAGGAUGGAGUGGCGAGAACACCUGCAUUUGUCCCGUCAACUCCCAAGAGGCGCAUGAUCACUACAGCCAUUCUGCUGUUCCUCGUCUGGACAUUCAUUCCCUACCAAUUUGCCUACCUGGUGGCAUGCCUGGUGCAGCUUUUCACGGUGAUACGAGCUCUUCGUAUCAACGAAAAUGCCCCUUCGGAUGCAAACUCGAAUUACUACCACUAUGCACACUCUGUCCUGCUUCUAAUGCUGUGGAUUCUCCCGAUCAACCUACCCAUCCUAGCAGUAUGGAUUCGCAACUUGGCUGUUCAUUGGCUCACGCCAUUUUCUUCACACCAUAAUGUUCUUUCAAUAAUGCCUUUCAUCCUUCUUGUGGAGAAUCUGACAACAGGCAAGAUGGUACCCCAAGUUGGUAGACUUUUUGGUUAUGUAACAAGCCUGCUUCUUUUCGCGACAGCGCUCUACGCCGCCAUGUAUGGGAUCUCUCACGCGUAUAUGCUUCACUACUUGGUGAACAUCAUUGCUGCUUGGCUAGUCGUGUUGCAUUCUACUAAGGACCCCUUCUCCCUAAGCGGACUCGGCGCGAUUUUUGAAAGCAGCCCAACGGAGGAACACAAAAAGUCCAAAACUUCUUUAUGA